CCGCCACCGACCGAGUACACGCUCUUAUUACAAUUAAUAUUAUUUCUAUUUACAUAAUAUUAUAUUAUAUUGUUGAACUCGCGCCCGCCAGUGUGAAAAACGGUGAACGAAAUAGUAUUAUUUUUAAACCGUCGCCGUCGCUCGUGAUUAUUUUCUUCAAAUUUUUCUCGCAGCUUCGUUCGCUCGCCGUCCGUCGUUUACCGUGCACGACGAUUAUUAUAUAAUAAUACCUUUACAAUAUACACAAUCGUAUUGUCCAGUUCCAUUUCGGUUUUUUGUUUUCGAUUCCCGGUCGCGUUUACACACGCGCUUAUGCACCACACGUAUUAUUAUUUGUUUUACGCCUCAACUUUACUACCAGCUACGCGGCGGCGCCAGUCUGUAAUAUUAUUAUUGUUACUGAACCAUAGCAUCAUAUAACACGCACAUUUGCGGCUUACUGCUGCGAAAUCGCCAUAUAGGUCAGCGAGUCAACCAUGCAGGGUUUGGAACUCUGAACUACACUACUACAGAACCUUCCGCUUGAGCUGUAUUUAGGCAUUAAGGCGUCGACCGUUUGGGUAUCAUGACUAAGGAUCAAGCAAGUAAACGUUUUUAUCGCGUGGACAGUAAUUAUGAUUUUACUGCAUUUAUGGAUCGCGGCCAAACAGCUGCUUACGAAAACCGAUGGGUUUUUGAAACAGCUUGGGAAGUCUGCAAUAAAGUUGGUGGUAUUUAUACAGUUAUCAGAUCCAAGGCAUUUGUCUCAACUGAAGAAAUGGGAGAACAAUAUUGUUUAUUGGGUCCUUACAAAGAAAACUAUGCUCGAACAGCUGUUGAAGAACUAGAAUUCGAAGGAGGUUCUCCCUAUCAUACAGCAGUAACAAAAAUGAGAGAUCAAGGAUUUAAGGUAAAACUUUCCUAAAGUGAUAAAUGAUUUUGAUGUUCACACCAA